CACAUGCUUCUUCACAAUUCCUCACACACUUUCUUCAGUAGCUUAAAGCUUAUAGCUAGAUAUUUAUAGAUUUUUAUUAUAUGGCUACCUUUACCAAAUUAUUUGUUACUUUAUCUAUUUUUUCUCUAUUUGCUUGUUCUACCAAUGCACAACUUAUUGAUAAUUUUUAUGGAAAAACUUGUCCUAAACUCCAAACCAUUGUGCGUAAUGAAAUGAUCAAAGCUAUAAAAGCAGAAGCUAGAAUGGGGGCUUCAAUACUUCGUUUGUUCUUCCAUGAUUGCUUUGUCAAUGGAUGCGAUGCAUCGGUCUUAUUGGAUGACACUGCCACCUUUACCGGUGAGAAAAAUGCUGGACCUAACAAAAAUUCAGCUAGAGGUUUCGAAGUGAUUGAUACCAUUAAAACUAAAGUUGAAGCUUCUUGCAAUGGCACUGUCUCUUGUGCUGAUAUUCUAGCACUUGCAACUAGAGAUGGAGUUUUUCUGCUUGGAGGACCCUCAUGGAUAGUACCAUUAGGAAGAAGAGAUGCGAGAACAGCAAGCCAAAGUGGUGCCAAUAGCCAAAUCCCUGGGCCAUCAUCUGACCUUGCCACUCUCAUUGCAAUGUUUAAAGCCAAAGGCCUAUCAGCAGAUGAACUCACAGUCCUUUCUGGGGCCCACACCAUAGGCCAAUCAGAGUGCCAAUUUUUCAGAAACCGCAUUUACAAUGACACCAACAUAGCCAAUAAAUUUGCAACCUUAAGAAAAAAAAAUUGUCCUGUCUCUGGUGGUGACACAAAUUUGGCACCUCUUGAUAUUCUAUCUCCAACCACAUUUGAUAAUAGAUACUAUUUUGAUCUUGUUGCUUUUAAGGGUCUUUUCCAUUCUGAUCAAGAACUUAACAAUGGUGGUUCUCAAGAUUCUUUGGUUAGAUUUUAUAGUAACAAUGGUCCUGCUUUUGCUAGAGACUUUGCUACUGCUAUGAUCAAGAUGGGUAAAAUUACUCCUCUUACUGGGACUAAGGGGGAGAUUAGAAAGAAUUGUAGGUUUGUUAAUUGAUUUGUGGAUUUUGUAGGGGCAUAUCAGCAAUUGAAUAAAUAGUGAUGGAUUAAUUAUAGGCUCUAAGUCAUAAAUAUUGACUAGAUAUUCGACACAAUGGAAAUUGUUGUAUUGUUGCUGACUUUUUACUUUAAUAAUUUGAAUGUUUCUACUUCCACAAAUUAAGUUGUUUAUGUUCUUUGUACUCCGGA